AUGGGGAAAGGAUACAAUAAUUAUAUGUGCAAGAAGUUUUUCCAUCCUACUAAUUUUGAAAAUAUCAAAAGAAAGUGGAUGGCCGAACAGGAAAAGGAGUUUGAUAGCAAAAAGGAACAGGAGAGACUUAUCCAGUAUCAGCGUGAACAGGAAGUCCUGGAGAAUCGCGUUUUACUUGGUGAUGAGAAGGCGAAAUUGGGUUUGGCUUGGAUGUACGACCAACCUGCUAUAAUGGAGCCAGAGAAGGAAUCGAAUGACAAGAAUGAAGUGAAGUUUGAGUGGCAACGUAAGUACAACGCACCACGUGAAACCUACUGCAAGAAUUCCGCCGAUGUUACGGAUCAACCUUUCGGCAUCGAAGUGAGGAAUGUUCGCUGCAUGCGUUGCAAACAGUGGGGUCACUUGAACACCGAUCGUAUAUGUCCUCUUUACGGCAAAUCCUUUACGCAGGAACCGGCUAAGGAAGGAAAUCUGCGUUCGAUCGAUAGUGCUAAGACGCAUCUGCGUAAGGAAGGAUUGGUCUUUAAAAAGUCCACAGAAGCGUCUGGUUUGAGUGAUAUGAUAAGCAAGGCGAAACAAGCUGCCUCUAACUGUACGAACAUUGAUCCGAAAGCCGUGGAACAUGAAUUGACAGUGGAAUUUCUCAAAUCACUUAGCGAAAGGCAACGUGAAAAGCUUCUAAGGAAACUCAGUAAGAUUUCCUCUGACAGUGGUUCCGGAUCCUCUAAAGCACAGAAAGUGAAGAAGGAAAAGCAUAAGAAAGAUAAGCAUUCUUCUCGUCAUUGA